GUGAAGUAUCAGUGACAUCAUUCCUAUAAUUUCCUGCCAGGCAUCUACUCUAAAGUGGAACUCAUCUGACAAACAUGUGGGGUCCAUUGACUGUGUAUGGGCAGGGACCUCACUCCAGCUUACUUCUCAGAGAUAUGUCUCCACAUAUAUUUAUAUUAUCCCUCUGAAAUGUUCCAUAUCAGGUCCUUUGCCAGGGAGGUAGUGUGUGUGUGAUGCGGGGCGGCUCCUCUCCUCCCACCGCCUCCUCCCAGUCCGCCCAGCAGCGAACUCCGUCAUUUCGCCCUCUCGUUCCUCACUUGUUGGAUGCCUUCGUUUGAAUUUCGGCAAUUUCACGCUUCCCGGCGGUUGUUUUGCCCUCUCGCUGUCCCGAGGAAACCACUGCUGUGUGAGACGGUUACAGCGAUUUUACAGGUUACAUGUGCGUAAAAAGGCGCUCACUCCCUGAAGCGUUGUUGUCGCCGCCACCGUCCCUACCUGUGUGUUUGCUCCAGCUGUCGCACCGUGACCAUGCUCCGGUCUUCGUCGUCCUCCGGUUGCGGCUGUCUCUGCAGCCGUCCCUCUGACCUCUAGACCGCUGGUCCCACGGCGGGAGCGUUGGGGUGUUUUUCCUCCCCCCUUGUUGUGCGCUCUGGACUCUCCGGCUCAUCCUUUGGAGAAGUUCCGCCGCAGUCCCAUGCACAGCGCUUCUCCACUCUCCUGCUGCGAUAAGAAUGCUGGUGGCUUUUCAUGGUCAAACUCCACAGGAUUAGCCCGAGUUGGACAAACGGACCAUGUAACCAGAUCAGAGAUGUUCAUACAGUGUGGCUCUCCAACCGUGUGACCUCUAAUCUUUGACCUGUGACUAGACUUCUCUUCACCCUUGCAACCUUCAAACACUCUUCUGAUGUGUUAAGCAACUUUGCAGAACAGUUUGAUGGAGAGCUGGUCGGAUGACAGCUGGAACUGUUGUCAUAACCGGAGGAAUACUGGCCACAGUGAUACUUCUGUGUAUCAUAGCUGUGCUCUGUUACUGUAGACUCCAGUACUACUGCUGUAAGAAGAAUGGGUCUGACAGUGGCUCCAUCUCUCAGCAACACUUUGCCUGCAACGCCUGCAGUGUCACCGGCCUGGACGGGUCAAUCAUCACCCCGCUGUCCCUGUCACCGCCAGAGCCGCCUGGAUCCUCGGACCCCGCCAAACCCAGAGGGGGGCGACGCAGCUACUGCCCCACCUGCUCACCCUAUGACUCCCCCUUCUACAUCCGCACCACUGAUGAGAUGCGCAAUGGUGGCGAGCGCAUCACCUACAUGCCCACACACUACGAGAACCAGGCGCUGGCGAUGCCGCUGCCCGCCGUCCGAGGCUCCCUGUUGAGGGAGACUCAGCGAGGGCGCCCUCCCGAUUUCUACACCAAUACCCGAGCCAUCAGCACCGAGGUGUGACCACCCCGAAACCCCCCCUGUAACACCACCCAUACACACACAGACACCCCCUCUCUGCACUUACACACACACACCAGCACCACCACACCACAAAAAGUGAUUUUGACACCUACAGCAGCGACCGGUGAUGAUCCGCUGGGUAAAGGCCAACUGUUUGUGCAGGUUACAUGAUCACACUUAAUUAAGGUUUGGGGGGGGGAUUUAAGUGAGGAUUGUCCAAGUCUACUGCUGAAGACUAAACUGUGUGACAAGCAGUGAUGACUUGAAACCUGGUUCCUUACUUUAUACCCUUAAAUUUUAAAUGUUUGUGUUUAUAAAGACAGUAACUCUAUAAUUCAUGGUAGAUAAAACUCUAGCUGUAAAAUGUCUUGUAUGAAAACGUCCCUUUAUGCUCCCACAUGAAGGGUAUGGUUGUGCACUGUCUGUUGACUGUUACUGUUUCUUUACUGACUGAGGGCUAUCUUAGAUAAUUUAUGGUUUUCCCUUGCUGCAUAUCUUCCCAAUUGACAAAAAGACCAAAAAAAAGUAUAUGAAGUAUGUAGCAAAUAUGAAGCAAUUUUGUCAUGAUAAGCAGAAUGGAGACUGGAAACACAUUUGAAAACGGUACAAAGGGCAAAAGAAGGAAAAGUCAGCAUCCCCUCUGCAGUUUUCUGGAUUUCUGGAAGCAUAAUAGAAUUACUGGAAAGGUAGAAGAGUGCAGACGACGGGAGCUUUCUCUAUGCAAGCUGUCUGGCAAACUACUGCAGCUCUUCAUCUCCAGUGAUCUCCUCUCAGCAUAAACCUUUUCAUCUCAUCAACCUUAUCGGUGGAAUAUCACAAUCAAUGUGCGCAUCCAGUGAGAUAUGAUGGUGUAAGUAUAGAUAGACCUACAAGCAUUUAAAAAUGGAUCUUAGAUACAGCAGUUCAAAGCCUCUUGGGUUGCCAGAUCUAGCACUGAACCACCAUUCUCCCCUCCAAGGCGUUCAGUAAAUCUGUGAUUAUGCAAGGAUGUCUGAGCCCUCGAAUGCAACAGUGGUAAGCUUCAAAUGAACUGAGUGAAUUUCUCUUUACUGAUGACAGUGAUGCAAAAAGUUUGAAAUGUAAAUAUUAACCAGAAGGCAACAAAAGCAUCUCUUGUUUCCAGUGUCUUCUUGACCAAGAGAGAUGCAUCCUGGGAUCUGAACACGAUGUACUUUGAAUGAGGGAGUGUGAUUUACUAGUUUGUGCUAUUUUGUCUUCACACUCCUCCUAUACUCCUGUACUACUCUCAUGUUGAAUCUUUGAAAUGCAAUUAACCAUUUCAUUUUCUUUUCAUAUUUCUUUUUUCCCCCACAUUGUGAGUAAGUCAGAGUACACAUUUACGUGAUUGAAAACAGUUUCAUAGUGCUCAUUUUCUACAUGACAUUUACCCAGCAUUGCUUGCCAUUCACAAUAAUAUUUCCUGUGAUAUUUGUCUUUGUAUUUGUGUGUACAGCAGGACUCAGUGAGGCUGACUGAAACAGUGCAGGAAACCUUGUGGACUUGCAUGGUGUGACAAUGUUGGAUACUUUUGCAGGAUUUUUGGACAGGCCUAGUGUUAUCAUUCAAGCAUCAAACAAAAAUGCACUUCCCAAUGAAGCAUAAUUAAACUUCACUGAUCAGCAGCUCUUUCAUUUAUUUCUCAAUUACAUUUUCAUUAAGGUUAAAUAGAAGCCAACUGCAGUGCUGAUGCACUGUACAUCUUGAAACUUCUUGUGGCCACUUUACACCAUCUGGGCUAGAAUCUCUAAAGAGGAUUCAGUGUUUCUCCAUGUUAUUGUCCACAUAGUUAAGGUUUCAUUGUCAUAAUUCAUUUAUUUAGCCAUUGUAUUGACUAUCUAUUUUACUAUUUACUUAACUAGUUAUCUUUGAACAUAGAAAAUUUGAUUUUUAGAAAUGUGGUUAAAACAGAAAUCGUACAUGAUAAAUACAGAAACAGUAAUAUUUGACAGUGUUAACUUUUGACAAUUAAAGAUUUGUAACUGCUUGAAA